AUGGCCCCGACCGCCUAUGAGCUUCUGCUGAACACUCAUCCUAGCAACGACGUUUGCCUCGUUCUCGCGUCGUCGUUUGAAUCCGUUCGCUUGAAAGCGUUGUUCAUGGUGGCUGCCAUGACACCAAUAAUACCGGUUGAAAGACUCCGAAGGGAUUGGACGCUGGACAAAGGUGAUCGAGGUUUUCUGCCGCUGACUGAAUACGUGAGUGAAUUGGGCUCCGAAAAGCAGCACAUGACAUGCGGCAACGCAGCACAUGCUUCGGCAAUUCCGCAUAGCAUGUGCGUGUCUAAAUCACGAAACUCACCUACUUCUAACAAUCCAAAAUUACCAUCGAGACACCACCCAACAUGUCUACAGACUCUACCACAAGAGCUCUAUGACUUGAUCUACUACGAGACAUUCACGAUCGCACCAGACAAGACCUUCUACACUGCUAACAAGAAGAAUGAAACACCAACUCCCAGACCAGUUAUCCUCGUUGACAAAACCACCCGGCCACCAACUAACAUGCACGUCAACCACGUCACUAGGAUCAAAGUUCUGAAUUCCUACUACUCGAAUACCUUCGUCUUCAAUACCCCAGACCUGUGCAAGCUUUGGUUCAACUCGCUCCCAUCAACUUCUCUAGUCCAGAAAGUUGGCUUUGUCGUGCACGGAGAGUUCAUGGAUCAACCAGCAAUCGAUGCAGCUGUCUGGUUGAUUCAGCACCAAGGGUUUGGCAUGAAGGAUGGCCAAUACCUGAAUGAUUCAACGGAAUGUUUGAAGAACGAGAGUGGAACGAAGGUCUGUUCCCUGACUUACGAGCUUCAGACAGAAUUACACUCUUCACGACCGCGCAUGUAUCUGGAUAUUGGACCUGCGCAAUUGAUUUCCUUCACCCCCAUUGUCUUAUGCUGUAACCAGUCAGAUCGGUCACACACUGAUCAAAGCGUGCACCCCAAAGGGAGGACGACACAAGGCUGCGACUUCAAUCCUCGGUCCCUUUUUCAAGAUCCUGAACUCGCUCGCACGACAUCUCAAAAUGAACAAAACUCUUCUUCUCCGCGAGCUACUCGAAUAGCUAUCACUGGAGCUCUACGACAUGAUCAAUCACGAAACCUUCAUUCACCGACAACGAGAGACAAAACCGUCGACCCCUUCUAUCUCAUUCAAUCUUUCAUUUUUCCCUUCACCAACCAUGAUCUACCGAUGGAAACUACACGUACCAGACAGAACUACGUAUGGAGCACUCUACCACCAGAACUCUACGAGCAAAUUUACAACGACACUUUCGACAUCAUCUCCACACUGCAUCGAGAAAUUUACAUCAACAAAUCCUGGCGACCACCAUCUAUCCUUCUAAUCAAUCAAGUCACGCGAGCCGAUCUCCUACAUGCAUACUAUUCCAGCCGUACCUUCGUAGUGCGAAGACGAGACACAUAUUGGUUCGACUUGUUCUGCGCCUGGAUCGAUAAUCGCAAACACUUGUGGCACAACUCACCAACAGGGUUCGGAAUUCCGAUUAGGCUUGGAUUUUUGGAGAGAGGUCUGCGGUUCGGAGGCAGAAGAACUUCUGGUCUCGAUGAUGAGGUUAAGGCUGCGAACUCGCAUAGGCUCUACCUUACCAUGUCUGAAGCCUAUAAAUUAUGCACGCUGCUCGACCGUCUACCCAAAGAACUCUUCGAUAGAAUCUACUCCGUAAUCGGUGAGCUUUUUCUCAAGUUUUCAAAGAUUCACCCCAUCGUGUCUAAAAGCAGCGCCGAGCGCCAAUAUUCCUGCUUUCGUGUCGAGAAGCACUGCGCUAAACUAAGCCUAUGA